CGGUCCCGGGUCUGACGUUUAAUCUAGACCCGUGGUGCCUCAGCUCUCUCACCAGGCGAGGAUUGCACAGUCUGAUCUGUGCAGCUGGGCUGCUUGUCAAGGUCACGCCGUCACACCCACCCGCUGUCCCCAGGCCCUUUCAGCCUCCUGCCAUCAGGUUUAAAUGCUGCUAGACUGCUGGGUAGAGAUGGCCUCUCCCGGGGCUGGCUCCUUAGUGUGCUUUUCCAGUCCCUCCUGGCUGGAGUCUGUUCUUUGCCCAGUGUCCACUGGCUUCAGGCCCUUUCCCAGCCCUUGGCUAAACGUCCCUGCAACGGUGACAGUACACUGUCGUCUGUCACAUGGACUGCCGAUGUCAUCUGCCCAGCCUCUCUGGGUCUCGUGAUCACUGGGGUGACCUCACCAUGGAGCUGAACUCCCUACAAAGUGAGACCAGUGGCCGUCAAGCAACUGUCUGAGAGAGAAGAGCUAACCCAGAGCGUGCUGGCCCAGGUGGCAGAGCAGUUCUCCAGAGCAUUUAAGAUCAAUGAACUGAAAGCUGAAGUUGCAGACCACCUGGCGGUACUGGAGAAACGCGUGGAAUUGGAAGGACUGAAAGUGUUGGAGAUCGAGAAAUGCAAGAGUGACAUCAAAAAGAUGAGGGAAGAACUGGCGGCCAGAAACAGCAGGACAAGCUGUCCCUGUAAGUAUAGCUUUUUGGAUAACAACAAGAAGUUGGCUCCUCGAAGAGAUGUCCCCACCUAUCCCAAGUACCUGCUCUCUCCAGAGACCAUCGAAGCCCUGCGGAAGCCCACCUUUGACGUCUGGCUGUGGGAGCCCAAUGAGAUGCUGAGCUGCUUGGAGCACAUGUACCAUGAUCUCGGCCUGGUGAGGGACUUCAGCAUCAACCCCAUCACGCUCAGGCGGUGGUUGCUCUGUGUGCACGACAACUACAGAAACAACCCGUUCCAUAACUUCCGGCACUGCUUCUGCGUGACCCAGAUGAUGUACAGCAUGAUCUGCCUCUGUGGGCUCCAGGAAAAGUUUCCCCAAGUGGAUAUCAUGGUCCUGAUGACAGCGGCCGUCUGCCACGACCUGGAUCACCCAGGGUACAACAACACGUACCAGAUCAAUGCCCGCACAGAGCUGGCCGUCCGCUACAAUGACAUCUCGCCCCUGGAGAACCACCACUGUGCCGUGGCCUUCCAGAUCCUGGCCCAGCCCGAGUGCAACAUUUUCUCCAACGUGCCUGCAGACGGGUUCAAGCAGAUCAGACAGGGGAUGAUCACGCUGAUCUUGGCCACUGACAUGGCACGGCACGCAGAGAUUAUGGAUUCUUUCAAAGAAAAAAUGGAGAACUUUGACUACAGCAACGAGGAGCACAUGACCCUGCUGAAGAUGAUCUUGAUCAAGUGCUGCGACAUCUCUAACGAGGUGCGGCCCAUGGAGGUGGCGGAGCCCUGGGUGGACUGUUUGUUAGAAGAGUAUUUUAUGCAGAGCGACCGUGAGAAGUCAGAAGGCCUCCCUGUGGCCCCGUUCAUGGACCGAGACAAAGUGACCAAAGCUACAGCCCAAAUUGGGUUCAUCGAGUUUGUCCUGAUCCCGAUGUUCGAAACGGUGACCAAGCUGUUCCCCGUGGUGAAGGAGAUCAUGCUACAGCCCCUCUGGGAAUCCAGAGACCACUACGAGGAGCUGAAACAACUGGACGACGCCAUGCAGGAGUUACAGAAGACGACGGAGCGCCUGGCACCAGGGAGCACGAAGAGGUGCGGCAGGAAGAGCAGAGAUGGGCAGGAGAGUGCAGGCCCCACCCAGACACCUCCUCGGGCCUCACAAUGGGGUUUAAACGUCACCUCGUGAACCCUUGAGGGUCACUCAAGCCAUGGUGCACAGCGUGUUUAAUUCCUUGAAUAAAAAUAUAGUAAUCAGAACUGGGCUCUGAGAAAAGGAGAGCACACUUCA